CCUCAAUCCGUGAAUCUCCAAACGGAUACACGCCACAGAUGGUAGGGGCCACCGGGGCAUUACUUUUACCAGAGUUUAGCGGCGGUUAGCGUCGUGCUUGCCGUGACAUUGUCACCUUUGGUUUGUCAGUUCUUUCCCGCUAAAUCGAUCGCACCGCAACUGCCCGUCUAAAAUGGUUUGGAAUUAUUAUUUUCUGGCCUGCGCAAACCCCCUUUGAAUCCUGUCUCUCUUCCUUUCCUACUUUCCAAUCAAUCAUAUCAUCCUUCUUCUGAUCACAACCCGUGCUCAGUUUCAUUCAAACAAACCGAAUCUAGGGCACCCAGCUACCCUUUUCAACCCCUCAUCCAAUCCGAUUCCCCAAGGCAGCCUCUAGCUACCUGAGUUAUUUACAUUCCACAAGUCCAAACACUCAUCAAACUUGUGCCUCAGCCACAAUGUCUUCUGCCGUCGACAACCUCGCCGAAAACCUCAAGGAUGCCAGCAUCGAGGAUCACUCGGCUGCCAACAAUGACGCCGUCCUUGCUUCGGCUGCCGAAGGUCGUCGAUUGUAUAUAGGGAAUCUCGCUUAUGCGACAACUGAGGCGGAACUCAAGCAGUUCUUUUCGGGCUACGACGUCGAGUCAACUUCCAUCCCCGUUAACCCACGCACCAACCGUCCUGUCGGCUACGCCUUUGUCGAUCUAAAGUCCUCUGAGGAGGCAGAGAAGGCCAUCGAAAACCUGUCAGGCAAGGACAUUCUUGAGCGCAAGGUCUCUGUUCAGCUUGCUCGCAAGCCAGACCAGACUGGCAACGCCGAGGGUGCCACUUCUGGUGCUGAGGGUGGUGACCGCAAGAGAAGCUCCGGACGCGGUCGUGGCGGUCGCGGUCGCGGCCGUGGUGGUCGUGCUCGUGGUGGCGCUAGGGAGGGUGGCGACUUUGCGGAAAACCCACUUCCUUUGACCGACGUUACUGCCGAAGCCAACCAACAAACUGGGGAGACUGGUGAGAAGACCGAACGCGGCCCUCGUCCACCCAAGCAACGCGGCCCUCCAGAGGACGGCAUUCCAUCCACCACCAAGGUCAUGGUCGCCAACCUGCCCUACGACCUGAGCGAAGAGAAGCUCAAGGAACUCUUUGCCGCCUACGAACCCAGCUCCGCCAAGAUUGCUCUUCGCCCCAUCCCACGCUUCAUGGUCAAGAAGCUUCAAGCUCGUGGUGAGCCUCGCAAGGGUCGUGGCUUCGGCUUCGUCACCUUGGGUUCCGAAGACUUGCAAAAGAAGGCAGUUGAGGAGAUGAACGGCAAACAGAUCGAGGGUCGUGAGAUCGCCGUCAAGGUCGCCAUCGACAGCCCAGGAAAGGAAGAUGGCGCCGAAGGUACUGAGACCGGCGCUGAGGCUACUCCUGAGAACGGCACCAACGGUGCUCCUGAGGAGGUCGUAGCUGCUGCCUAAACACAAACCGCCCAACUCUCCGGAUGAAGGAAUCGAUAUUCUCUUAGCAAGGCAUACUCUUAUUGGCAAGGGAAAGCUUGACUGCUAAUUCUCCACCUUGAGGGUGGUGCUUGAGCUGAAAUAUCGAAACAGUCAAUGAGGUUGAUGGAUCAGCCUGGACAAAAACAUUACUUCUUGCCUAGAAGGCUGUAUCUUGCAAAACCAUAAUAUUAUUUCUUGAAAAAAUCCCCCAUCUCUAAGAUAUGCUGCGUUGACCAUUGUCAGCCGUUCAGCCUUUCACCCU